AUGACAAGUCGAGGCAAUUUGCGCAAUGUUCUUUCGACUAUAUAUUAUUCGCAUAGCUUGGACUAUAACAAGAAUUGGUACGCCAAUCACGAUUUGCUUUGCCGUUAUCCAAAAUCGAAUAGAAGGGCUGAUGAAAGUGCAGUCUUUCAACUGUUCUCAAGCGAACUAGAAGUACGGAAGGUCAAUAUCGCUGAUCUUCAAGACAGCAAUGGCAAACAGCCAUCCUACCGUUGGUUCAAUGGACGACGGCAGAAAGCGUAUAUUCUUUCUGGCGAUGAGACAAUGAAAUCCAAGAGGAGAACGGCUGGAAUCCAGCGCGUAUCAGACCAUCAACAAGAUAGUCAACACGUUGUGCUUAGAGUAAUUCAGCGGCCCGAGACAAUUCUGAAGCUACAAACAGUAACCAUGAGCCAAUUAGUCCCAGAAGCGCAUUCGCAUGAAUCCUUAUAA